GAAUUUCCAUAAAAAUACGAUUUUUUGGCCGAAAAAGGGGCGGCCCUCAACUCCCCGUUUUCCCCUCCACUGCUGCUGCUUACACCUCCAACGGCCAUCGCUGACUACUCAAGAAGCCGCGAAGAAGAGGAGGAAGAAGAAGAAAGCCCAGUAGCCCCCGAUCAUGGAAGAGGAGGCGGAGAAAAUGGCGGCUCUGAAGAAGGCCUAUGCGGACAUCAUCCUCAAUACUGCAAAGGAAUCGGCGGCCCGAGUUCUGGCAGCGGAGCGCAAGGCGCUUGGUUUCCAGCAACGCCUGUUCGCUGCCAAGGAAGAAGCACUCGCUACCAUGCUCCGGUUAAAGGCCAUCAUGGAGGAUAAGAUUAGAGAAGCGGAGAAAGCGGCUAUGUGCCAGGCAAAAAAGAUUGAGGAGCUUGAACUUCAGCUUGGGGAAGCAGAGGAUACAAUAGUUGAUCUUAGAGAAGAUUUGAAAAGAGUGAGAGAAGAAUUGAUAAUGGUGAAAAAUGCUUCAGUUCAGCCAUUGUGUGAAGGAAACAUAAAUGAUGCAUGUAUGAAAUGUAACAAUAUAGGGAAGGAAACUAGUGCUGAUAACUUGAAUGAACCUGGAAAUAUGCCAAAAAGCUGUAAAAAAAUGACCACAUCGACUCAGAAAGCUACAGAUACCCAGCAGUGUUGCCUUCAAAAUGCUGAAAAAGUUGCAUAUCCUGAAGAAUUUUCUGCAGAGGUUGAUUGUCCAGUAAACACUGAUUUGGCAUCUAUCAUCUGGAGGAGGAAAGUGCCUGAGCUAUAUAGGAAGGGUUAUCGUAUCCAUGCAUUGGAGCAUAAUUUGACUUCAAAGGAGCCGUCUGGUGAAAGCAAUAGUGAGAAAUUUCAAAUUUCCGACAAAACGGAUUCUGCAAUGUCAGAUAAAAGAACACAGGUUAAGGAUGUUUCGAUGUUUGAAGAGACAGAGCAACAACCAGGCUACUGCAAAACGAUAGAAACUGGACAAGAACCAGGUUGCAGUGGAAAAGAUCAUUCUAACUUCUCCAGUGGGUUUUCACCCAGAAAGCAAAGAACAUGUAAGCAGUCAAAUGUUUUCUCUGAUGGUAUUUUUUCAGAUAAAUCCAAGUCUUGCUCCAGUAGCUCUAAGUUCAUCGUCCAUGAUGAAUGGAAUGAAUCUGAAGCACCCAAGGAAACUUCAGCUCCUUUUAUUCAGGCUGCAACAGAAAUUGGUGAAACUGCAGAAGGUAAGAAGUCUCUUGCAGAAAUUUCUGCAGAAAGGGAAACAUUGAUGUUGAAUCAAUGCAGAUUCGACACAUCUAUGAAGAAAGAAAGUGUUGGGAUCAAGCAGUGUUCUGAAAGAACAAACAGCCGAAGCUUUCAGAAUCAUAACCAGUCUGUUAGUGAAGAUACAUUUCUGCAGAAUUCCUCGAGGCAUUUUGAAGAUGUGAAAGAUCCUUUGUUAUCAGGAACAUUUUCUAAGACAGGUAGUCAUCCUUCCAGUGUAGCUAUAGAGGAAGAUUUAGAAGACAGGAUAGAAAUGGCAUCAGCAUCAAAGGCAGAAACGCAACACAUAGCAGAAAAUUCGGACAAUUCCAAUACAGUAAAAUCUGACACCAACGAUAUAGCAAGUGGAACUGGUCAAACUGGAACAGAUAAAUUUCUGAAGUAUACAUUCCAGAGGAAAAGAAAGAAGGAAUCUUCUCCCAUAAAAAAUGAGAUUGCCUUCCCUGAGAAAAAGCUCACUUUGAGGCAAAAAUCUGUGGAUAAGCAAGCUUCCGUGUCUGCACCUUCAAAAUCUAGUGUGGCAACAGAUUUACCUCGAAAAAAUAGGCGACUUGUUCAAGUUGCUCGCCAGCUGAUUUCUUUGUCUGAGAAGAGAUGGUGAUGGCUAUGGUGCUCUUCUUUCUUCCAUUAAUCUUUGAUCCAACAACAACAAAGUUUCUAUCCAGAAAUAUAUUUUAGAGGAAGGCGACCACUCUGUGAUGGAAAAAGGGCUGUCAGAUUAUCACAAUCAAUGUGUUCUGAUACCAAAACAUUGCCUGUAGCUCUGUUACCUAAGACUGAAUGAAGCAAAAUAACAGAGCUGCUGCGUUGUAAAAUGUGAAGAGUAGGGAGAAUGUAGGCUUCUUUUGCUGGAAAUAAGGCAAUCAUUUACAUUACAGUAGUGGGUUCCAAUCCAGUGUUUUUUUUUUUUUUAAAUCAUUUGGGUUAUAAUGAGAAUUUAAUCA